UUUGUACAUCAUGGACCGUACCUACCAAUGCCAGCAUUACCAUAGGCGACCGCUGCGUCUUGGUCAGAUCGUGUUCCUACUUCCUGCCGGCUUCCAGGUCUUUAUAUUUUUUCAUCAAUAAUUCUUCUUGAUCCCCUGCCCUUCUCAAUCUGCUCGUGAUCGUUUCCGAUAAUCGGCCAUUGAAAUUGCAGGAGACCCUUUUUUUUUUUUUUGUGCCGGUCAAUAGCCGAUCGUUUUUAGCGCCCGUGAGAUGUCGAAGACUGAUCAGGAACCAGCGGUGGGGAUUCCCUACGCCGCGGCCUACCAGGUUCCUCCGCCGCCCGCUCAGUACUACGUCGGAGAGAACCCCUACCAAGUCGGAGCCGUACCCCCAAAUGCCGUCGUCGGCGAUCCAAAGGGGAUUCCCCUACAGCAGACGAUCUACAGAGAUACCCCCGCUCCUUUUAAUUGUUUGUACUGUGGUAAUUCCGGAGUCACAACUGUGAGAUCAAAACCAAGCCUAGCAGCUGUUGUUGGCUGCAUGAUGCCAUUUAUGCUUGGAGUCUGUUUUCUCUGCCCUUCAAUGGACUGCCUUUGGCAUAAAUAUCACUAUUGUCCAAGCUGCAGUCAAAAGGUUGCUGAUUUUGAGAAAUCAGAUGCAUGUGCAGUGAUGGAUCCUCCACACUGGACACAAGAGAGCUUUGCAUUGCCUGCAUGAUAAGUUUUUAAUUUCUCAUACUGCUGUUUGAUUUUAGGCUCUCUUUUAUGGAAACCAAAUCAACUAUCCUCUUUUAUAUGUAAAUGGAGUGAACAUGCAUAUAUAAUGUUGAAAGUUGUUUGUUUUUUAAAAGCUUUACCACAGAUAUUUCAUUACUAUAUAAUAAUGGCUGUUUAUACCUUUCAACUAAA